AUGGCACCCGCUCCCACCAGCACGGAUUGGUCGGUUGAAUUCGACUCCUUGCGGCGCGAGAAUCUCUUCCAGAACCCGCCCAAGGACCACACCGCUUACCCGUCGCUGGCCGAGUCCAUUAAGCCGCACGUUGAUUCAUUUAAUGCUCUCUUCGCCGACAGCAAGAUUUUGGAGGCCGGUUUGAAGGAUAUUGGCACCAAGACCUUCCUCGAUGGCGAGCCCGAAACCCUCGAACAGAAGGCGGCUCGAAAGGCGGAGGGUCUUCGUGCCCCGAAGCGCAACCGCCUGAAUGUCCGCGUGAAGGAACUCUUCUUGGACAAGCCCACCCUGCCGCCCACCAACAAGUACAGCACCAAGAACCGCAACAUCUACCCCUCCGAAUGCCGUGAGCGACAUUCGACAUAUCGUGGCAAGCUCCGCGCACGUCUCGAGUAUCAGGUCAACAAUGGCGACUGGAUGGAGUCGGUGCGUGAGCUGGGUCAGGUUCCCAUCAUGCUGCGCACCAACCGAUGCCACCUCGAGAAUGCGACCCCAGAGGAGCUGGUCACCCGCAAGGAGGAGUCGGAGGAGCUUGGUGGUUACUACAUCGUGAACGGUAACGAGAAGCUGAUUCGAAUGCUUAUCGUCGGCAAGCGCAACUACCCCAUGUCCAUCAUCCGUAAUUCGUUCGUCAAGCGUGGUCACACCUAUACCAACUUCGGUGUGCAAAUACGAUCCGUUCGUCCCGACCAAACGUCUCAGACAAAUGUUCUGCACUACCUCUCAGACGGCAAUGUCACCUUCCGUUUCUCGUGGCGCAAGAACGAAUACCUCAUCCCCGUGAUGAUGAUCCUCAAGGCCCUGGUGGAGACCAACGACCGCGAAAUCUUCGAAAGCCUCGUUGGCAGUGCUUCGUCCAAGGGAAUGAAGAAUACUUUCGUGACGGACCGUGUAGAGCUCUUGCUCCGAACAUACCAGGCCUACAACAAGCACAGUCGCUACGACUGCCGGGCUCACCUGGGUAAAUCCUUCCGCCCUGUUCUCGGCGUGUCUGCCGACAUGCCUGAUGAGGAUGUUGGCACUGAGUUCCUGCGCAAGGUUGUUCUCCCUCACCUGGGUAACUAUAAUGUCACCGAGACUCAGGAUUACGACAAAUAUAAGAUGAUCAUUUUCAUGAUCCGGAAAUUGUACGCCCUGGUUGCAGGUGACUGUGCUCCCGAUAACCCCGAUGCAGUCUCCAACCAGGAAGUUCUGCUUGGUGGAUUCCUGUACGGAAUGAUUCUCAAGGAGCGUAUCGAGGAGUGGCUCCGUUCAUUUGGCCCUAUUGCCCGUGACUGGAGUAUGCGGAACAGCGGCGCCAAGUUCACAGACCCUUCCUUUGAGCGUGACUUCCUGUCCAAGAUUGUCAAGCGCUCCAACGAGAACAUCGGUAACGCGCUCGAGUACUUCUUGUCUACUGGUAACCUCGUCAGUCCCACUGGUCUCGAUCUGCAACAGACUUCCGGUUACACGGUCAUUGCGGAAAAGAUCAACUUCUACCGAUUCAUCAGUCACUUCCGCAUGAUUCACCGUGGUAGUUUCUUCGCCCAAUUGAAGACUACUACCGUUCGAAAGCUGUUGCCAGAGAGCUGGGGUUUCCUUUGCCCUGUUCACACCCCUGAUGGUUCUCCCUGUGGUCUAUUGAACCAUUUGGCGCACAAAUGUCUGAUUGCCACCGACAAUCUCGACGUUUCCACCCUGCCCAAGACUCUCGUUCAGCUUGGUGUUCGGUCCGAGUCAUCUGUGGCUCUGGAUGACAGCGUCGCUGUCCAGCUGGAUGGCCGAAUUAUCGGUUUCUGUUCGCCGAAGCAGGCUCGCAGGAUUCACGACACCCUCCGGUACUGGAAGGUCGAGGGCACCAACGGCAUUCCCCGUGGAUUGGAGAUUGGUUACAUUCCAAACUCCAACGGUGGACAGUAUCCCGGUAUCUACAUGUUCUCCCAGUCGGCAAGAAUGUACCGCCCCGUCAAGCACCUGGCUCUGGAAAAGAUGGACUACGUUGGUCCGUUCGAGCAACCCUUCAUGGAAAUUGCCUGUGUGGAGUCUGACCUGAUCGCCGGUCUGUCCACCCACAUCGAGUACACACCCACCAACAUCCUCUCCAUCGUGGCCAACAUGACUCCCUUCUCCGACUACAACCAGUCUCCCCGUAACAUGUACCAGUGUCAGAUGAGCAAGCAGACCAUGGGUACGCCUGGUACCUCCAUCGGCUACCGUACAGACAACAAGCUGUACCGCCUGCAGACCGGUCAAACUCCCAUUGUGCGGCCCCCGCUCUACAACGCCUACGGUCUAGACAACUUCCCCAACGGAAUGAACGCCGUUGUGGCUAUCAUCUCGUACACCGGUUACGACAUGGACGACGCUAUGAUCAUCAACAAAUCCGCCCACGAGCGUGGCUUCGGUCACGGUACCAUCUACAAGACCAAGGUGCACUCCCUCGCCGAUCGUGACUCCCGACGCAGCAAGUCCAAGCGUGAAGUCACCAAGCUGUUCGGUUUCGCCCCCGGCGAUAUGGUCAAGCAAGAAGUGCGCCAGUUCAUCGACGAGGACGGUCUGCCGCACGUCGGUGUCCGCGUCAAGGAGGGUGACAAGAUCGCCGCCUUCCACGACGUGCGCUAUGACGCCGCAUCCGACUCCUACGUCAAUGUUGAUGGUAUCACGCACUUCCUCAAAUACAAGGAUGCGGAAGCCGGCUACAUCGAAAGUAUCCGCCUCAUGGGUGCCGAGUCUGGCAACGAGCCCAUCCAGUCUCUCAGCGUCAAAUACCGUAUUCCCCGUAAGCCGAUUAUUGGUGACAAGUUCUCUUCUCGUCACGGUCAGAAGGGUGUUUGCUCACAGCUCUGGCCCGCGGUCGACAUGCCUUUCUCCGAGAGCGGCAUGCAGCCUGAUCUGAUUAUCAACCCUCACGCUUUCCCAUCUCGUAUGACAAUCGCCCAAAUGAUCGAAUCCAUGGCCGGCAAAGCCGGCGCUCUCCAUGGCCACCCGCAAGACUCCACACCCUUCCAAUUCUCAGAAGAGAACACCGCCACCGACUACUUCGGCCACCAGCUCCGCAAAGCCGGCUACAACUACUACGGUAACGAGCCCCUGUACUCCGGCAUUACCGGCAAAGAGUUCGCCGCAGACAUCUACAUGGGUCUAGUCUACUACCAACGUCUGCGUCACAUGGUAAACGACAAGUUCCAAGUGCGCACAACGGGUCCCGUGAACGCUCUAACGGGCCAGCCCGUCAAGGGUCGUGCCAAGGGUGGUGGUAUCCGUGUUGGAGAGAUGGAGCGCGAUUCUCUGAUCGCUCACGGUGCUGCGUUCCUUCUUCAGGACCGUUUGAUGAACUGCUCCGAUGCCCAGCAUGCUUGGAUUUGUCGUGGAUGCGGGUCGUUCCUCUCUACCCAGGUUGCUGUUUCGGGUUCUGGUGCCGCUCGUCGUGCGGCUGUUAACCCCGGUGCUGCGGCGGCGGCUGCGAAGGCCGCGCCGAACCAGCAUCAUAGCUCUGGUGGUGUGUCUGGUAUUGUUCGCUGCCGUCGCUGUGCCCGUCCGGCUGGUAUCAAUGACUCCCGCGCUGAGGCAUGGGAGGAUGGCGAUGGACUGCGCUACGUUGGCGGCGACGAUGUUACUAUCGUUGCUGUGCCGGGUGUUCUGCGGUACUUGGAUGUUGAGCUCGCUGCUAUGGGCAUUCGCAUGAAGUUCUGGGUUGACAAUUAG